ACUGCGUGGAACCGUCGGUCCUAAGCAACUUUCUCACUCAAUUUUCCAGUUAAAAGCUUGGAAAUAGAAAAGAAAAACACUCUUGGCGCCUAUGCUCCUUCUGUAUAUAUUUCUGUUCUCAGUCGGGAUAAUCAUCCUUUUCCAUUCGAUUUUAAAAUCCUGGAAUGAAUUAUAUGUUAUGAGUACCCAUGAAGAUUCUGAUAUGAACGCUGAAGAUUCUGAUAUGAGUGCCACUGAAGAUUCCGAGUCCAGCACAUCUGAAUACUCUGAGCAGAGUUCAUAUGAAGACUCUGAAGUAAAGUGCUUCUGUGGGCUUCCUGCUAAAUUGCGAGUGUCUCACACGGACAGAAACCCUUAUCGAUUAUUCUACAACUGCCCCAAAAGCUAUAAUGCUCAAUGUGGAUUUUUCCAUUGGUCUGACGAGUCAGCCGAAACUGGUGAUAGACAUAUUGAUGAGCUAAAUCUCAUCCGUGAUGAAUGUAUUCGAUUACAAGGAAGACUGGAUAACGAUAGGAGUGAGUGGGAAAGGGAAAAAUCCGAACUAAUGUCAAAAUUAAAUGCUGUGCAAUCUGAGCUUAAGGACAUUAAAAAUAGAAUCAAAACCGUGAACGACUCAGAUCUCAUGCCCCCAUUCGAUAAGUCAUUGAGUGUUGAUGAUGAUGGAGAUGAUGCAAUAGUGAUACAUACUAUAUAAGUCGUAGGUUGUUGAAUAGAAUAUAGAUGGAGAAGGCUUUUCUUUUUUGUAGUUUUCUUUUGCCUCUAGCGUUUUUGUUCACACACAUCUCUCCUUUCAUGCAAUUAUUGCUUCUAAAAUCUUA